AUGGUGACUUGUCCGGUUGUUGAUCGUAUUGAUCAAUCUACGACACUGCAGAUCAUCGAUCCAUUCAAUCCAUUGCAAGAUUGGAAUGAGGUAUCAGGAACUGCCAUUUCACCAACCCAAAAAGGACCCAGUGGAUACCCUGUCAUCUUUGGUCACAACGACGGGCCGGAUAGCUCCAAGGCUUUUGCGGCAUGGGAUUCGGGGACUGGAAAACUGUUGAAAAUAAUCAAUUUGGUGUCCAACAAUAACGCAAUGCCCCUGUUUCAUGAAGAUUGGGAAGACAUGACCAUUGGAAGAUGUGCCCCCGAGUCCAGCGAAUCUUGCAUUUACCUAGCCGACACUGGCGACAAUAGAGCACAAGGAUCUGGUCUCAGGACACAACGAUCGAGUAGUCGACCAUAUACAAUCUACAAGAUUCGAGAGCCGAUACUGAACAACAUAUUCGACAAUGCUGUUUUAUCAGCUGAAGAACAUGUUUCGAUUCUUCAGUUUGAUUACAGUCAUGUUUCGUCACCAACUGCCUAUGCCAAUUGUGAGGCCAUUUUUGUUGACCAUGCUGGCUGGGGAGAUGAUGGCGAUAUCGGGGAUUUAUAUUUGGUAACCAAAUGGAAUGCCGAACGAAGCAAACGCCUGAAUCGAUUGUUCAAGAUUCCAGCCUCGGUCUGGCCAGACGGAUUUGGCAAGGUGGCAACUUAUUCUCCUUUUACAGUGGGCGAAUACGCUGAUAAUAACAACUCUCCGGGAUCCUUUUACAACUUUACAUGGACGGGUGCAGACAUGGCUUUGGAUGGUACCAAGAUUGCCUUGACAUGGACCAAUGAGACACAUGUCUUUAAACGAUGUCCAGGAGAAAGUGUAGCAUCGGCUCUGGCCAAGAGGGAAUUGUUUUCUUGUACCAAAUAUGAGAAUCCACCCGGAGCUGCAAAUCCUGGUAAUCAGUUUGAAUCUGUUUCCUUUUCACCCGAUGGCAUGCGCCUGUUCAAUUUGGCAGAAUCCUUGGACCCGCCCAAGAUUGUUCAUGUGGAUUUGAACUAUGAUACGAGUCAAUCCCAAAACUUGGACGAAUGUCCGGCCUAUGCUACUCCCACACGAGGUCCCACACCUCCACCUACUAGUAGACCAACACCUCGGCCUACCAAUAGACCAACACCUCAGCCUACUAAUAGACCAACACCCCAGCCAACACCAGAGCCAACCACAGGAGAACCGACAGUUCUGGAUUCCAUGCAACCUUCUUUGCAAGCCUCCCUUCCACCCUCCUUUGCCUCUCUUUCACCAACUAUGGAUCCAACCAUCAUGCCGACUACGAUGCCACCAACGACAGAAGAACCGACUGCCACAGCGUUGGAGAUUGACCCCGACGACCCAGACGAAUUUAGUCGAGACGACGACGAAUUCAUUGGAACAUCGAAUUCCUAUGGUGGUUUGGGGAACAUUGGUAUUCAAGGCGGGGGGAGAGAACAACUGUCGAGGGGAUUUGGCAGUGGACCGGGAGCAGAGGCUUUCUUGUUGGUCGUUCUGCUUGCACUCGUGAUGGCAAGAUAA